CCCCAAUUACGGAUCAAUAAACCACCAACUAAUUCAUUUCAUCAACAGCCGACUUAUGGCAAAGAACUUUGAAUAUAUAUAUCACUCUCAUUAGAAUAUGCUAAAACAUUAAGCAAUAAUCUUCUCCAUAAACCCUAAACACUCCUCUAAACCAUAGUUCGUUACUUCGUUGUAUUAGUGAGAAGAAAAGGGCUAUGGCGAUAAUAAUCACAUUCCCUGCUUCCUCCGUUGCUGCCCUACCUCGCAAGUCUGCCACGAAGAAGCUCCCUAACGGCUCACAUCCAGUCACCGGAAUGCUUCGUCCCCGCCGAGUCUUCGCCCGAAGAUCGCUGCCGCGAAAAAUGAUCACUCCGGUGAAGAAACCGUCGAGGCAUGUUAUCUCUUCCACCCGCUCUGCCUCGAUUUCGUUCUCGGAGGACUGCUGCAACGAAUUUGAUUUCAAUUGCGACAGUUCAUGCUCUUCCACGGCUUCUUGCAGCUAUCCUCCUAAUCCUCGUCCCGAAGAAGAUGAUGAUACAGGAAAGAAGGACCUCCCAAUGUGGAGGAUUGUACCUAAAUCCUCCACUAGAUUUACUCUUGUCAGAAUUUGGAAUUAAUUAAUUUCUUGGUUGUA